AUGUCAAAAACCGAAACCGCACCAGCCCAAGAGCUUGGCUUCUCCUUCAAACAAGGCGUCAACUGGUCCGAAUACCUCGACUACCGCCCCGUCUACCCACCCUCCUUCUUCGAGCGCAUCUACACCUACCACGCGGCAAAGCCCUCAUCAUCCUGGUCUGUGGCGCACGAUAUCGGCGCCGGCUGCGGCGUCGUCUCGUCCAGUCUCUCCGCGCGCUUCCCCAACGUGAUCGUCUCAGACCCGAACGACGGGUAUGUCAGUCUCGCGCGCAGACUGCUAGUCGAACAAUCCACAGCCCCAGGAGAAACCAACUUCCAGUUCCUACAGGAAGGCGGCGAGAAGAGCUCCGUGGCCUCGGAGAGCGUCGAUGUGAUUACCGCCUGCGAAUGUAUCCAAUGGAUGGACACGGCGGUAGCAAUCCGCGAGAUGAGACGCGAGCUGAAAGUCGGCGGGACACUGGCGCUCACGCAUUAUACGGUGCCGCGGAUAGUCGGCAAUGGGCGCGCCCAGGGUGCGUGGAAGGCUAUCUGGGGGGUGUAUUCGAAGCGCGCGGACGGGCCGUUGCUAGACCAUGCGAUUCCCAUUAUCAAUGCCGCGCUGGAGUCGUUGGAGUUUCUUCCGAGUCAGUGGGCGGAUGUGAAGAGGGUGCAUAUUAAUGCGCAGGGGAGUUUCGAUAGUUAUAGAAUAGACGAGCGGCUGGCUGAGAGUCGGUCGGCGGCUUGGGAGGAGCAGGUCUGGAUCGAGGGCGACGAGGACUGGGCGGAUGAGCAGGGGAUUCAAUGGCUCAAGGGGUAUCUGGCGACAUGGGUGCCGGUGGUCCCCGAGUCGGACAUCCAGGGUCUCUGGGACGAACUGGAGGCUGCAUUGGGCGGACAAAAGGUGCGGAUUGAGUCGCCGUUGACGAUGGUGUUUGCAACGAAGAAGUCUUAG